CUAAUCAAGUAAUCAUCUAGUAGGUAUAUUGUUUCCAAUCCACAUUACUUACUUUCUUGAAAAACCCAACUCGUCAAGUUCAUUUGUACAACGAACCGUUUUCAUGAUUGUGUCGCCAUGACUAAGUUUAGGUUUCAGACUUGGAUUAUUUUCACCAUUAUAUUCGCUUUCGCAGAAAAUGUGCCAACGACAAAGCCUCGGAUUUCACACAACUACGAUGUAACCGAACAUGUGGCAAAUGUCAUAGCAAAAACAUUUGAAGUCUUCGAUUCUAUGUUUCAUGAGAAUAGUGAAAACAAUACCAAGAAUGACUCCACAACGAUAACGAGAAGUGACUGGAUAAAGUUGCCAAGUGGAUUGACGAAUUCUUACAACAUUACGAUGAAAGUUGAAUCUUCGCCAAAAUUCAAGGGUCGAAUACUCGUUCGAGAAAACGCAACAAUAAUUUGUGAAAUGAUAUCCAUAGUCCUGAAAGCCUAUCCGCUUCCGCUCGAGAACGAUCUUUACAUCGCCACUGAAGAAAUCUAUUUAAAUCUCACGCUAAGUAUCCCAAUGAAUAUGAAAAAAUCCAAUCGCCCAGGCGAUGAAAUGUUAAUCAGCGUAGAUUACCACGAUCUAGACAACUAUAACAUCGACCUGUACAGCAACUAUUACCACUUCAAAAAGAACGAAAGGGACGAACUAAAACACGAAUUUAAAUCUCGCAUCAAAAAAAUGAUUUACGAAGAAUCCAACGGAGACUGGAAACAUGUCAUAAUGUUAAUCGUUUUUGGGUAUUACGAAGCGUUUAGCGAAAAGAAAUUUAUGACUGCGACUCACGGCGACUUCUUAGAACAUGAACAAAAAUACUAUUGGUUCAUGAAAACUAUCGCUUCGGAAAAUUUCACUUUACGUAAUGUAACCAUUAAAGGAUUAUGGAAUUUCCACAGCAUGUCUGUAGAUUACACCAACCCUGAAGAUUUCCUAGUGUUGGUCAGUAGCGAUGUACAUGGAACCGUGACGCAGAUUUUCACACCAGAAUUAGCAGCUGAGCAAAUCGUACCGUUGAGAUUCAAGGCGAAUAAUCUUUACAUCUCCAAGGAUCGGAAUGCUAAUAAGACACAUGUCAAAGCUGAAGAGUAUUCGGUUAUCAAUACAGUAUCGAAAAAUUCGCUCAGCAGGGAACAGUCCAGAUUAGUUAUUGAAGCCAUCGAAUGGGCUAUAGCGACUAGAAUUCCAAAGAUUGCGAAGAAGUUAAAACCGUAAAUAGAGAAAGACAAAUUGUGCGAUUUUUAUUGCAAAAUGUUCGAUAAUUUAUGUACAUAUUAAUUAGUGAAAUUGUAAUAAAAUCUUUUUCUUUAAA